UUAGACUGUAAUCUGCAAAAUCGACUUUGUUGAUAGACAGUAUAUCGUUUUAUCUAUGUAUUUUUAAAGCCGUUUGAAGAAAAAAAAAAGAAAUCAAAUUAAUCAAGGAAGAGCGCAUGAAACCGCCAAAAUAACUCUAAACUGCAAAUAACCAAAUGUAAAAGAACAUAGAAGCCUAAAACCUGGAGUAAGAUCCAGUUUGUGAGACUGGUUCACCCAAUUGUUACCCCCCUAAAAUCCAACAAAUAGAGAACAAUGCUUCCACCAUCUACACCUUAGACAAUACAUUUAAUUGGCAUGAUCAAAUUCCAACGGGUAGAACGUCAGUGACACAAAGGGCAGCGAUGGUAAAAAUUACCUUUACAGCAGGUAACCUACAACUUAGACAAAAACUGGUAAACAUUUCAUACAAGAAAGAAGUGGAAAAAAAACUUCAAAUGAAUUGGAAGGGAAGACGAUUUUUUAGAAGAUUUACUAAAAUGUGAAGAUCGUUCGCCGCUGUAAUAGACCUCUGUGAUAAAAUCCCGCUUGUUAAAAAUUUUCUCAAGUCUGGCAAAACGGGUUUUUAUAUUUUGAGGUCAGGUUUUUAGAGCCGCUGUGAGUCUCUAAUGGGAGAAGUAUACAUCUUUAAAAGAUGACGCUACGUAGACAUAUGGCCGCUUUUCAAGGCAACAAAUACGAUAUUCUCCUCGUGUCUAUUUUCAUUUCCACCGUCGCCAUAGCAACAGUUGAAGGCAUUCCCCAACUGUUCGCUCCUGGAGUAACACGCCAGCACGGGGUUUAUAUAGAGAAGUGGGAAGGAGUUGAUACAUAUGAAAUUGAGAAUCUACUAAAGGACCCACGCUACCCCAACCUUCCUACAUGGCGCGGUUACGCAUCUGCCUUUACGCAACCGGCAAACUGGGGCGAAAAUUUCGGGACCCGGAUCAGAACCUACUUUGUACCGCAACAGAGUGGGCCCCACGUAUUCUAUAUCUCCGCUAACAAUCAGGGAGAAUUGUACCUGAGCAUAGAUGAGAUGCCUGAACACAAAAGUAUGAUUGCAAGUGUAUCUGGUAUAAGAUUUACAGAGCCUAAUGAAUUUGAAAAGUACGUGGAACAACGGUCUUGGACGGCACAGCUUACUAAAGGAAAGUACUACUACAUGGAGACAUUAAUGAAAGAAUACUAUAAUGAUGACUCCUUAGUGGUCGCUGUAAAGACCCCUGAUGGCAAAUUCUACGCACCCAUCCCCUCCCAGUUUUUAUGGACAACAUACUCAUCAUCAUCAUCAUCAGCAUAUAACCACACAUCACAGUUGCACCUAAUGAAGAUAGCGGCCCGAGCAGGAGCGAGAGCGGGGGCUUAUGCUGGAGAGUCAGCAGCUUCUCAUUCAGGGGCUCGUGCUGGAGCCGCAGCCGGAGCAGCAGCAGGAGCAGAAGGAGGAGCGAAGGCUGGAGCCGAGGCAGCCGCGAAAGCAGCAAGGAUAGUAAUGAAUAAAGCUAUCAGCCUUGCUCUAAAAGCGUACACAGGACCUGGUCACGUGAUCAAUAUUCAUUUGAAUAAGAAUGGAGUUACAUCUACACAAACGGUGGCAUCGCAUAGCGGUCCCCAAACCGUCGGGGGAACUUCUUCUGGGACAUCUACCGGGGGGCUAACGACAGCAGCCGGUGGCAGCACGGGAGCAUCUUCAUCGGGUGCCAUGGUUGGUGCAACAACUGGGAGCGCAAGUAGUGCUGGGGCUUCAGCAGGUGGUGGGGGAGGGGUCGGUACCACUGGCGGAUCUACAGGAGCUGCAGGAGGAGGAGGAGGGGGAACAAGCACUAGUACAGGAAGCUCCGGAAGCACUGGUACAUCGAUGGUAACUUCCGGUGGAGGUAUUUCCACAAGUGGAUCGUCCAGUGGUUCUUCUCAAUCUGGCGCUUCCGGCGGUAAGACGAUUUUCAAAGCCAUUCUUCCGGAUGGAACUGUCAAAGAAGGGAUGUUGUACGCAGGAAUGGAGGGCAAUGAAAACGAGGCAGUUUCCCAAGUGAAAGAUUUCGUGUACCAACCUAAAGCUGGUGAAGACCCUGAUGAGAUGGCAAGGAAAUUUGUGCAUCAUCUUGGCAUGGCGAAAAAAAUUGUUAUCGGGGCCAAAUACACGGUCCAUUCUACGGAUAUACCCGCGAAACAACCAGACGCGUCGCUCAAUCACUGUCUUAAGUCCAAGGGGAGUCAAAUGAUCGUAGAUAGUGGCUGCCAAUACUUCAUCAUCCGCAAGGGGCACGCUCUAAAGCCAUCUAAGAAAAUCUUGUCGCUAGAAUCAAUUUGCACCCCUGGAUAUUUCGUAGUACAAAGGAAUUUUAGGUUCUACUUGGAAAAGAAUGAUGGCACCGAUCGAUUUAAACGCCAAGCAACCUUAAAGGCACAAAAGAUUGUGGCGAACUACUUUUCUUUUCUCCUGAUGACCAAAGAUCACGACAUGUGGUUCCUCUGUGAGACGCCUAAAAAAACGAAUAAGUGGGUUGAAACCAAGCUCACAUUUGCUCAAACGUCUGAAAAGUUUAAAGACAGAUGCUCGUUCAACUUUUUCCCAUUACCAGUAGGUCAAAAUGACAUGGCCAAUUGUUAUGAUGUACUUGACGUAACAGGACCCAAAAUCCCCGGUCAUCAGUUAAAACAAGCAGCGACUGAAGCUAAAGAAAUGUGUGUCGCCAUUGAAUUUAAGAACACAAAGUUAAUCACCUUCAAACUUAUAACCGAUGUCAACGACAAAGAGUACUUGGUAUCAGAAGGAGUCUUCAAGCUGAGAGUGAUCGUCAAACGCCCUGAGCUUCAUCCACAGGUGUUAUUUAAGGCGGAAGAUCCGAACGGAGAAAGACGGAUUCUUCUAAACGGAGACAAGACGAUUGCAGUGGUGCCAAAAGAGCAAUGUGACGACUAUCUGAGUGUCGAGGUGACCUCGAAAAAGGCGACAUUCUCAAAGCCUGAGAAGGAAGGCAGUGUGCAUUAUCAUUACCACUACCACCCUGCAGUGGCGCCCAGUCCUUCUCCGCCUCCGUCACAGCAGACUGCAUGUUCUCCGGCCUGCCAGCCCACUUCAACUUGCCUCCCGUCAUGCCCUUCGGCCUGCUGUAGUGCAUAGUCCAAGAGACUCAUCUUAUUUGCACGUGGAAAUAUAUAGCCAUAUAAUACUAUAUAACCAAAGGUCUAUUAAACCUCCUACUUCGCGAGCCAACCUUAAGAAAUACAGCGUUAUGCUUUUCCAGUUCAAGUGGUUCUUGUUUGGUUAAAAUGCAAAAAGGACAUCAAAUAUAAUUGUUGGUAUGAACAAAACACAUAUUGUCAAUAAUGGUUUCUCUCUCCCUGUCAAGUCCCCCCUCAUCCAACCUCAUCGAGUUAUUAGAGCUUUUACACUAACAUGGAUUAUGACAAAUAAGGCAAAGAAACAAUGAAUGAGAACAA